ACCCUUCCUUGCGCUGUUCCAGCUUUGAUCCUCCGCUCCGGGUACUAUUACUAUCACCCGGGACUUCCUCCGCCGUAUCUCUCGAUCCUAACGUCAACCAGCUUUCCUUAUGGCGCAUUACGUUUACCAGAGAUAUGUUGUCUUUCUUUUUGGGAUUGUGUGAAGUGGGAUCUUUGAGUGGCUUUAUUUUCUCGAUUUGAACCUCGGUUUCCGUCCUUUUUUGAGCACCCUCGCAACGCGUUGAGUUCGACCGUCCAGUUCCUCUCGCCCGGGUAUCAACUUCUGCCAUCCUCCUUCGUACGUGGACGAUAGCGUGGGAAAAGGACGAACGUCAAGCAACAAACCGGCACUUGACUAUCCUUGUGAUCUUUUUCUAUUUUACACCUUCUUUCUUUUUUAUUCCCCUUCCCCUGAGUGGAAAGGGUACUGCGUCACGAUGACAUCCAAGGGUUCCGCCAUCGACGAGAACCGUCCUUCCUUUGCAAAGUUUAGCGAGGAACCGUCCUCUGUCGCGCAACAAACCUCGAAUGCCGCCCCCGAUGAAACCCCGAACGUGAUCGACCGAAACAUCGAUGGUCUAUCGCAAGCCGUACAGGAUGCUCACAUCUCCGGGAAGAAGGGGCCGGAGAGCCCCGAGCUCUCCACCGACGGCCAAGAGAAUGGAGCCCUGAAACGGGAGAUCUCAUUUGAAGAUGAUCGGACGCAUCUCUCGGGCUCCUCUACGAAAAUGACCAGUUUCGACUCGAAGAGCAUGGCAUCGGUCACCACUUUCGCGAUGGACGAAAAGGACUCGCUCCGCCCAGACGAUAGUGCGAGUGUCCAAGCGAUUGACGAAGAGGAUUGCUUCUCGGGUCCUGCCUCGGGGGCUCCCAAUUCCCUCACGGGCUCCGAAUCGGGGGCUCGCGGUUUCAGGGAUAUCCAGCGGCCCCGAGCCAUCCUCCAUGGAGGCCCGAGCUUCGGUGAUGCUGGGGGACCACGGGUCAACGGGGGCAUGAUCCCCGAUUCGGUGUCCAACAAUUUCGUCGUUCCCAACCCAGAAGGGUUCCCGGGUGGUCAACAACCGAUACCGAUCCAGCCAUUCCCUCUGGAUCCGGAUGAGAAGCUCCUCGAGGCUAUGAAGUCCCCGAAGGAUCGUCUCCUGAUUCUGCAGCUGGAGGAGAAGGUCCGGUAUUUCAUCCAGAACUCCAAGGAACAAUCGUUGGAGCUACCCCCUUCGAAUGCCUUUGGCCGACUCCUUGCCCAUAAGCUGGGUGAUUACUAUCAUUUGACCCAUUUUGUUGAUAACAAUGUCACAUCGGUCCGACUACACAGAACACCAUUUUGUCGACUACCAACGCCCCUCUCUGUCCUACAUGCCACAACCAGCACCACCCCACCCCCAGCGAUGCCGGCCAUGAAGAUCAUGCGCCGUAACGAUGGUGAUAAGUCCGCAACCGAUGACGGCAUGGGCGCCGGUUCGUCGGUCCCCUCGAAGACCGGUUCGGAGGCCGGUGAAAGCGGACACGACGGAGAGCGCGGAGGCUCCUCGACCGGCACCCCCGCCAAAGACCGGUUGACCUUAACCCGAGAGGAGCGAGAGGCCAAAUACCAGGCGGCCAGGGAGCGGAUCUUCCGGGACUUCCCCGAGUCCAAGUCCUCGGAGAACGGCGGGAACAGUGAUCCAGGUGCCAUGUCGCGCUCGAGCUCGACCAGUGGGCGCAAAAAGAUGCAGAGGCAGAAAACCCCGCACGACGACAGUUUUGAGGGACGGUCUCAGUUCAAUGCCUACUACCCGGGCAUGAACUACGCGCAAGGAUCGGCGCCUUACAACAACGUCGCCAUGAAUGAUCCGUCCGUGGCGGGACCGCCCUGCAUGCUUGGCCCGGGCGUCGCACCGCCCGGCAUGGGGUACAUUCAGAACAGCCAAAAUGGCACCAUGUAUCCCGCCCAGAUGAGUGUGAACUCGAUGUCCCAAUAUCCAAUGCCGGUCUCGCCCCAGAUGACCACCAGCAGUCCGUGGCAGAAUGGUGCGAUCCCUCCGCAAUCGCCUUACUCGGGGUAUGCAUCUAUCAAUCAGUCGCCGGGGAUGCCGUCGGCCAAACCAUCACCGGCGAUGGGCAGCUAUCCGAUGCCCAAUGGGAUGCCCUAUCAGCCCACGCCUCCGAGCUGGCCCUCUUCUCAUUUUCCGGGGGGCUAUCAGCAGCCCACGGCCCGAAAUCAGCCGCCCGCCCCGUGGACUAGUUACCCGUCUCAGCCUCAGCCGGUGAACCCCGCAUACCCGUACACGCAAUAUCCUGGACAGCAUCUGAACCCGGGAAUGCAAGGCCCGGCUGGCUCCCACCCGAUGCCCGGUAGUUACAACCGGUCUGCCUUCAACCCGCAAACCCGAUCGUUCGUGCCGGGUGGAGCUCCGCUGGGACGGCAUCCAAGCCGGGGCGGCCCACCUGGUGUGGGCGCAUACCCUAGCAUGCCGGGCGGCGUGUCGCCUCAAUGGGCCGGCUACCCCGACCCCGGUCCCAAUAGCCACGAUCUGAUGGGCCGUGCCAUGCCCGCUGGUGGUCGGGGAGACUCGAUUGCGAAAUGGGGCACCCCGUCUCAUCUUCCGCCGAAGCCGCCACCGUCGGAAGUUUCCUCCGAGUUUGACCGCAAACCUCGCAACGUGGCCCCGCCGGCGCACCCGUACGCAGGCAAUAACCCGCUGCCGAAUCCCACGAAUGGCCCACUGGUGGUCUCGGGCGGCACGGUCGGCACGGGCGCGCCCCGUACGAACUAGGCUCAUAUAGUUUGGACGAAUAUAUUUCGUAACGCAACUGCAUGGAUGGGCAUGGGAUGACGAGUGGUGUGGUAUAAUUUCUUUUUCCUUGUCAUGUUAUCUCUGGUAGAUAGAAGGGGGAAGAUGGGGUUGGCCAGGCCAAUAAUAAAAGCAACCUAUGAC